AUGGUUACAGUGUUAGCGGCUGAAGGAAAGAGAGAAAAGUCGAAGCUUCGUCGAAGAGUUUGCAACAAACCUUGCAACAAAAAACUUAGGCCAGUGUGUGGGAGUGAUGGCAAAACAUACAACAACGUAUGUCUGUUCAACAACGCCAAGUGCCAAGCUAAUAAAACGGGUAACGUUUUGAAGAUAAAGUCACGAGGACAAUGCGAGAAUUCCACAGUGAAUAUCAGCAAGGUUAAAAAACAAUCGCAAAAGUGCUUGGUGGCAUUAAAGGACUGUAAUAAGGUCGUGAAUUCUACUAGACACUCCGUCUGUGGGAGCAACAACAUAACAUACUUAACGUUUUGCAACUUUCGUGUUGCGCGCUGUCAGGCGAGACAAAACGGCAGAAAUCUAACAAUGCUGCACAAGGGAGAAUGUGGAAAACCUAAGGUCAAAAAAUCAAGAAUGUGCCCGCUUGAAAGCCAGUGCGACAGACAGAACGAUCCCAUUUGUGGAAGCGAUAAGAAGACCUACAAAAACACUUGCCUGUUCAUAGUCGCCAAAUGUCAAGCGAAGGUGAACAACAAAAAGCUCAGCAUUAAAAAGAGAGGUAAGCUAAAACCGAAGAGGUGAAUUUGUGAUAGUUUUCAUUAGAAGCUGCAAAGCGAGGCCUUUGUUCAUCUUUACGUUAUUAAAUUUAAUUGAUUAAUUAUCUCAGUAGUAAGGGGAUAUCAUACAAAUACGAUAAAAUUGGACUUGCCUCUUUUAAUACAUUUUUCACAUACACUCUUGUUUUAUAGAAGAAUGUUGUUUUUUUCGGGCCAGGCUGAAUAUUCUUAUUUUUCUGCCGAUUAUAGCCUGAAAAUAUUCUUGUAUCAUUCUUGAAUUAUAAUUGAAAAAGAAAGAAUUUAUCAUAUCCCUUUUUUCUAUUUUGUGGUUUUUUUUUUUGCUGUCUAUUAUAGAUAUGUAUUUCAUGUACCGCUCAUCGAACUGUCAUUAGCACUGAACGUUUGGCUAUAACCAAUGCAGGUUUCUUCGUUUUGUUGGGUUGCCGUGAGAUUAAGCAAUAAUUUGAUACGGUUAUAAUCAUCAUCCUUUUCGAAAUCUCAGCCUCGGGUUUAUUCUAGCCUGAGUAUCAGGCCUUCCUAAGGGGCUAGGGGAGAGGAGAUUUUAGAUUUUUUCGCUUCCAUCUUUCCCCUUUUUCCCAGAAACGCCUGAUACUCAGGCUAGUUUAUUCUUAACAUAUUCUUAAAAUUUUGCAAAGUUCAGCCUCGAUAUUCUUAUAAAAUAUUUUCCUAUAGAAAAAAAACGAGUGUACAAUAACAAAAAAAUGUUACUGGCAAACCAAAAUUAUUAAUCCAAACAAAGACCGCGUUUGAAUUUUUGAAACUGCGCACCUUUUAUUAACAUUAAACUGCGACCCUUAUGCGGUAGGCAAAGAUCAUAUUUUUGAAAGGUUAAAUCCCUUAAAAAAAAACUGUCACUCAUGUCUUAGUCGAUUCAUAACUUGAUAGCGGCAAAAAACAAAUGCAGAAGCUUAAAAGCAAUGAAAAAUAUUGCAUGGAAUUCUCCUUCCAAAAUAAACUUGUUCCCUUUAGAGAAAGCAAGAUUCUCCGGCAAGUGGUUUGUGCUGUGCUUUGAAAUACAGAGUGAACUAUGCAGAAACUCGACACUGAUUUGUAGCGCUAUCAAAUACAAUCAUUGAACGUACCGCUAUUUUGUUUUUACAGUGCGGGAGGUUUGUUUGUGUUGGCCUGUCGUGAAAACACGAGCGAAAAAAAAAAUUCCAAUAUUCAAGAAGAACACAUUAUCUAAAAUAAAGGAAAGCCUUCAAGAAGACUGCUGCGGAAAUAGAUUCUGUGUUAAAGAAUGUCAUUCUUGCACUUUAAGGGAAAGGAAAACAAGCGUUUCGUUUAGGAGCUUCCGCCUUAUAGGCGGCACCGAAACUCUUAAAAGCAUUAAGUUUGUUUAUUGAUUAUAGAAUCUAGAAGAGCGUGAAUGGAUUUUGUUUAAUCUUAGAGGAAACGGAAAUCGAACUAAUGUUUUCUGUUUUCGUCUCCCAUUUCCGUAAACAUAUUUUAGGAAUCUAUUUUGACCUAUUUUUAAAAAUAGUUAAUACAGAUGUUUUGUAAAGAGUAAAACAUUUCCAAGCUACACCAAAUGAAGGGCAUAAACUUCGUGGAAUGAUUUUCCUACAUAUUUCCAUGCAAAACUGGUCGAAAAAGUAAUGCUGAGGUGAUCAAUUUUACUCAGCGAAUGGUCAUCCAAAAGGAAAUCAAAACCGAAUUUCCUCCAAGGAAUAAGAACCGUUUUACCUCUCUCUCAAAAUGGCUGUGGAUUUAGGUUUAAAAGCAGUUUUCCUCCUAAACUGUAGGCCCGAUUUCCAGCCUUUAUGAGGGAGUACGGCUUAAUUUUAUCGAGCCUGACGCACCCUUGUAAACCGAAAUUUAAACUUUUGAAUUUGAAAAGUUAGCUGUUGUAUCUGCUCAAAAUAAAAUUUCCGCUAUAAUUAUAAAUCAAGAACGUUUGACUUUAAGAGUUAAUUGAUCAAGCAAGAUGCACGUAUUCAGUCCAAAACGAUUAGCACGGGGCGUCAACGUAGCAACUGUGACGAGAUAUGAACCCCUGGUGAAAGUUGCGUUUUAGUUUUCACUUAGCCUGCGUAGCAUGGCGGUUUGUAGAGCCGGGCGCACAAGAGGCGAAGCCGCGAAAUUCGCGCGCGCCGCAGGCUAGUUUUCACUUAAUCAAAACAGGGACAGGUCGAGGCUUGGACUCUGAACAUAGAACACGAAAACACUUCUGCAAGCUGUUGUCAACAAUUACAGUGACUCUGUUGCAAUAGAGGAUUGAAAAGAAAAAUCAUUCAAGAGCUUGGCAGAAUCCAAUCCGGAAGAAUGUUCAUCGGACAAUGAUGAUACUGUUCAACAUCAACAAAUUGCCGAGUUUGCGAAAUAACAGUAAAAACGUGGUAACUAUCAAAAGAUACCUUCAGCAGCGGAAGUUUUUUUCACCUUCCGGUUUUGCAGUCUUUAAUUUAAUUUGGUUGCUAUACUGAGCUGAAUUGAUCUCGAUGUAUGUUACUCACACGUGGAGGCAAUCAAAGUCAAUACUACGUGCGACGUUUAAUUAAAAAAGGUCAGGAAACCUUGCCUCUCCGUAGAUUAUUAAAUCACAUGGGCUGGGUACGGUCUUUUACGAAGUCCUCAACUUUAUAUGAGAUCACGCAGUUUCUCCUUUAAGUUAUGUAACCGAUGUCAUUCAACUGUUUAAUUCUACGUAUAGUAGUAACAUUUUGUCAACUGAAUGAAGAGUGUAACAAAGUUUAAAAAUUAACAAACUGAUCUUACAGAAUAUAUCAUUUCGGCACGUCGUACGUGAGGCUUGACUAGAUGGAUAUAACCCUACAAUCUGGAAAACUAAGCCCGGCUUCCCCCAGAAAUCAAGAAUGAUUCCGCGCGAGCGCUAAACAACCUAGAUAUUAGGGGCGAGGAGGGUCUUAAUUUUCCGUCUUUUUUAUAACUAUCCAAGAUUGUGGAUCAUUCCAUCGGAUGGAGAGCUGAACUGAUUUCAUUGAGCCCAUUCCGUCAUAUUUCUUUAGAAGGAAUCUGCUUUCAUUGUAGAUUUUACGGGUUUACAGUUCAUUGAUACAGUACAUGGAUACAUACAAAGAGGAUAGACAUGCCCUUUUCUAUCUUCAUAGAGGGACAGGGUAGUCGAUCUGCUUGCUUAUGCUGACAGAUUUUCAGUGUUAGUCUAGCCAGUGUGGCGCUCAAAUUCAGUCUUAAAAACGCGUUUUAUGCUUCUACGCAAACGAAUAUUUUUUGCGCCUACCCAAAGGCAGUAUUCUUGUUGAUCAGUAGCGAACACCUAUUACCUCAAUUUACAUUCACCAGUGCUUUGAUGGAAAAAGAAAGAAUUGUCUAAUCUGAACUAUUACCGGUAUCAGUAAGUUUCCACAUCCCACAAAUGUUCUUUCAGAUAAUAUAAACUGAAAUAAUGAUUAUUUAAACCGUCUGCGGGCUGACUAGUCAAUGCCUAAGCCGAUUUGGAACUUGUCAACAGCUUGCAUGCAAUGUGCGUGGGUGAUAUGAAGUUUUCAAAGCGUCAAGGACUAGCCAUCCGGAAGAUCUAUUAAAGGCUUAACUUCUGAAAAUUCCGAUAAUUAGGCUGACAUAAGUGUUCUUUCGUCAUACCACACACUGUAUAAAUUUUUCCACCCGGUGACUGCUGAAACAGAAACAAUUGAAACAGUUCGUUGUUUCAAAAAAGGAGGCACAUAUUUUGAAAACAACGACAGGAAAUGCCUUAAAACUUUGAUCAUCGCUCUUUUGUUAGUAUUCGAGUUCCAGUGAAGUAGCUUUAAGAAUGUAUGUAAAGGGGAUUAUAUCAGUAAUCGUGAAUAGAGAUUCCGCCUUAAAUAUGCUCAGCACUGCAAAUUCCGCCGGUAUAGCACAUAUUAAGUAGGUUCCUGUGUAUGUACUUGGUGACGUGUUUGUAAACUUCAAGUUAUUUCUAGAAUUUUAAACUUUAUCCUCUUAAUUCUAAACAUUCAAGUAGACCCCUGUGUAUGUUCUUAGUGACAUGUUGAUUUCCCUUUUUUCUUGUCUGCAGUAUACAAAAUGGCGGCUGACUCGAAAACAAAAACUUAGCCUGCGAGUAAGCUCUCCUAUGGAGAGCUUACUCGCAGGCUAACAAAGACUUAAGAGUCAAGACUCUAAGACCUCUCGAGAACGGACCUCGAAAAUUAAGACCUGGAUAUACCUGUCAUGUGUUGUUGUAUUAAAGGAGAUGCUGUUAUCACGCAGUCUUGAAUGAGGUCUUAGAUUUCGAGGUCCUAGUUUUCGAGGAAGUUUGAUUGAGUUGGGGAAGUGGAUAAGUCACUUGUAGGCAACGUCACUAAAUGUUAAGACAUAUUAGUUAUUACAAUUCCCUAGUUUCGAUUUAAAAGCGUUCAUUUUAUUUACUCUAGAGGGUAGUGGGUCUUUUUUAGCACUUUUGGUUUAGAGAGGUCUUAGUCUUCGACUGACCCCCAAAAUGGCUCAAACUCGAUUGGCGUUCACAAAAAACAAAUACUUGCUGGAAUGUCCAUCAUCGAAACAUUUGUUUGCAUUUCAAGUUCGAAAUAUUAUAUCAUAAAAUAAACUCUCCUUUCUUUUUUUUUUCUAGGCGCUUGCGGUACCCGCACCUCCAUCAAACCAUGUCCAAAGAAAUGCUCAUCGAAAGAACGGCCUGUUUGCGGCUCGGACAAGAAAACCUACAAAAAUGGCUGCUUUCUUUCUCUUGCCAAGUGUGGUUUGCCCAAGAAAGACAGAGGCUCACUACGUUUAGAGUACAACGGGCCUUGUGGGGCACCUGCCACACCUAAACCAUGCCCCAGAUGGGAGGACUGUAAAAUCAUAGAUAAACCUGUGUGCGGGACGGAUGGCAAAACCUACCCAAAUGUUUGCCGCUUACGGGUUGCCAUGUGUCAUGCGCGGAGGAACAAGCACAGGCCCAUCAAACUUAGGCACAGAAGUGCGUGCAAGACCAGGAAGGGAAAGAAGGAGAAAGGAAAGAAAGGCAAAAAGAAUAAGAAGGAAAGAUCUAAUCGUAAAGGAAGAAAAGACAGGAAGGAAUAAAAACUCCCUAAGGACAGCGAGGAUAUUUGUUUCGCGAACCCGCGUUCCAGGCGUUCAGAUAGUACGGACGGGGCAAAGGAGGCAGGGAGAAGCUUUCCUUCUUCCGGUAUUUUUUCCUCCGCUUCUCAUUUCGCGCUAACUUCCACUAUCUAAACGCCUGGAACAGGCUGUUGUUUCGCUGACUGAAGGUUAGAGAACUAGGGUAGAGUAUUUCGUUAGGCAAUAGAUUUUUUUAGUCUCCCUCGCAGCCGUUGUUA